UGCGAGUUUUAAAAGAUGUUGUUUUAUUUAUGAUUAUAACAAAAUCUAAGAAAGAUGAAUUAGUCAUUUAACAGUGGUCCAACUGCACGAUGUUAGUAACAUUUCGCGAAUAUGUUAUCUUAACACUGCUGUUAUUGCUUACACAAAAUAGCCGCAUAGACUGUGGCCGAAGCAGUAGCGAAAUUUCAUUGUUUACGAGUGUUUCGCUAUCCGCUCCGAGACGUCCCUUCGAAAGCAUGGCACAGGCGCGAGUCGCAACAACAACCUCUUUGAACGACACAAUGACGGCCAAGACAAACGGUUCAAUGCCAACGUUGGGCGAAAACAGCUGGGAGGAAUUCUCCAUUGAUGUGCCCUGGGGCACUGUUACAGGCAAAUGGUGGGGCUCACGGAAUAGGCAACCGAUUCUGGCGCUGCAUGGCUGGCAAGAUAACUGUGGCUCAUUCGAUAGACUCUGUCCACUGCUGCCGGCGGACGUUUCAGUGCUGGCCAUUGACUUGCCGGGCCAUGGACACUCGUCGCAUUAUCCUCAGGGCAUGCAGUACUUCAUCUUCUGGGAUGGUAUCUGCCUGAUCCGGCGCAUUGUGCGAAAGUACAAUUGGAAGGACGUCACGCUGUUGGGUCACUCUUUGGGUGGCGCACUUACUUUCAUGUAUGCGGCCAGCUUUCCUAACGAGGUGUGCAAGCUGAUCAAUAUCGAUAUUGCUGGACCAACGGUGAGGGGCGUUACCCGCAUGGCCGAGGGCACCGGCAAGGCGUUGGACAAGUUUCUGGACUAUGAGACGCUGCCGCAGAGUAAACAGCCCUGCUACUCUUAUGAGGAAAUGAUCAAGCUAGUUUUGGAUGCCUACGAUGGAUCCGUGGAUGAUGAAUCUGUGCGGGUUUUGAUGCGGCGUGGCAUGAAGCCCAAUCACGGUGGCUACCUCUUCUCCCGUGAUCUGCGUCUCAAAGUUAGCCUGCUGGGCCUAUUCACAAAAGAGCAGACGCUGGCCUAUGCACGACAGAUUCGUUGCAAAGUGCUCAACAUUCGCGGAGUGCCGGGCAUGAAGUUCGAAAUGCCCGAAUUUUAUGCCGAGGUAAUUGCAACACUUAAGCAACAUGCUGAGCAUGUGGUUUACGUGGAAGUGCCGGGCACACACCAUCUGCACCUGGUGACGCCCGAACGAGUGGCGCCGCACAUAAAUCAAUUUCUUUUAAAUAAGUAAUAGAAGGUAAAUGUAAAUACCCGAUUUGUUCAGUUGCUUAGAUUAACAUUUAACGUAAAAAGUGAACAUUUAACGUAAGUUGAUCUUACGCAUUGUGUUAAUUCUAGAGCUAACGAUUUUAAUUAAGUAGAAGGCUUGUACUAUAAUAGUUAGAUAAUUAUAUAUUUUAUGAUUUAACCAGUA